CUCUUGCUUUUGGCAAUUAAAGAUGAUGUUGUCAUGGAAACAGUUGAUCCUGCUUUCAUUCAUUGGCUGCCUAGGAGGUGAGCUGCUCUUACAAGGCCCAGUGUUUAUCAAAGAACCCAGCAACAGCAUUUUUCCUGUUGGUUCAGAGGAUAAAAAAAUAACUUUAAAUUGUGAAGCACGAGGCAACCCUUCACCUCAUUACAGAUGGCAGCUGAAUGGAAGCGAUAUUAAUCUGAGUAUGGAGUAUCGUUAUAAGUUGAACGGAGGAAAUCUUGUGGUUAUUAACCCCAACAGAAAUUGGGAUACAGGAAGUUAUCAAUGUUUUGCAACAAAUUCAGUUGGAACAAUUGUCAGCAGAGAAGCUAAACUCCAGUUUGCCUAUCUGGAAAAUUUUAAAACCAAAAUGAGAAGCACAGUGUCAGUGCGUGAAGGACAGGGAGUUGUCCUGCUCUGUGGCCUCCCGCCACACUCUGGAGAACUAUCAUAUGCUUGGAUCUUCAAUGAAUACCCGUCAUUUGUCGAAGAAGAUAGUCGGAGAUUUGUCUCUCAAGAGACAGGCCACCUCUACAUAGCCAAGGUGGAGCCACUGGAUGUGGGAAAUUACACGUGUGUGGUGACUAGUAUGGUGACAAACGCCAGAGUGCUGGGUUCUCCAACUCCUUUGGUGCUACGUUCUGAUGGAGUGAUGGGUGAAUAUGAACCGAAAAUAGAAGUUCAGUUUCCAGAAACUCUUCCAGCAGCUAAAGGUUCAACUGUGAAGUUGGAAUGUUUUGCCCUUGGAAAUCCUGUACCUCAGAUUAAUUGGAGAAGAAGUGAUGGACUGCCUUUUUCCACUAAAAUUAAAUUGAGGAAGUCCAAUGGUGUGCUUGAAAUCCCCAACUUCCAACAGGAAGAUGCAGGUUCCUAUGAAUGCAUUGCUGAGAAUUCACGAGGAAGAAAUGUCGCCAGGGGGCGUCUCACUUACUAUGCAAAGCCUCAUUGGGUUCAACUCAUAAAAGAUGUGGAAAUAGCUGUGGAGGACAGUCUUUACUGGGAAUGUCGAGCGAGUGGUAAGCCCAAACCCUCCUACCGGUGGUUGAAAAAUGGAGAAGCCCUUGUUCUCGAGGGGAGAACACAGAUAGAAAAUGGUGCCCUUACAAUAUCCAACCUAAAUGUGACCGAUUCUGGCAUGUUCCAGUGCAUAGCAGAGAACAAACAUGGUCUCGUCUAUUCCAGUGCUGAGCUCAAGGUUGUGGCUUCUGCUCCAGACUUUUCAAAGACUCCGAUGAAAAAGUUGAUUCAGGUGCAGGUGGGCAGCGAGGUCAGCUUGGACUGUAAACCCAGAGCUUCCCCCAGGGCGCUCUCUUCCUGGAAGAAAGGAGAUGUGCCUGUACAGGAGACUGAAAGAAUUUCUUUUUUAAAAGAUGGAGGACUCAAAAUUGCCAAUGCGACUAAAGCUGAUGCUGGAAUUUAUACGUGCAUAGCAGAAAACCAGUUUGGGAAAGCAAAUGGCACAACACACUUGGUUGUUACAGAACCAACAAGAAUAACUUUGGCACCAUACAACAUGGAUGUCUCAGUGGGCGAAAGUGUCAUUUUGCCCUGCCAGGUGCAACACGACCCCCUAUUAGACAUCAUGUUUACCUGGUAUUUCAAUGGGGCCCUCACAGAUUUUAAGAAAGAUGGAUCUCACUUUGAGAAAGUCGCUGGGAGUUCGUCAGGCGAUUUAAUGAUCAGAAACAUUCAGUUGAAACACAGUGGGAAAUAUGUUUGUAUGGUGCAGACAGGGGUGGACAGUGUUUCAUCUGCCGCUGACCUCAUAGUAAGAGGUUCACCUGGACCACCAGAAGACGUAAAGGUAGAUGAAAUUACAGAUACAACAGCCCAACUCUCUUGGAAAGAAGGUACAGACAACCACAGCCCAGUUAUAUCCUAUUCUGUCCAGGCACGGACCCCUUUCUCCGUGGGUUGGCAGACGGCCACAACAGUGCCUGAGGUCAUUGAUGGGAAAACACACACGGCUACGGUAGUCGAGUUAAAUCCAUGGGUGGAAUACGAAUUUCGGGUUGUAGCCAAUAACAAAAUCGGAGGUGGAGAACCCAGUUUACCCUCAGAAAAAGUAAGAACUGAGGAGGCAGUGCCGGAAGUGCCUCCUUCAGAUGCCAGUGGAGGAGGUGGGAGCCGGUCUGAGCUGGUGAUCACCUGGGAUCCAGUCCCUGAAGAACUACAGAAUGGUGAAGGUUUUGGAUAUGUUGUUGCUUUCCGCCCUGUUGGAGUAAGCAACUGGAUCCAGACAGUGGUCACAUCUCCUGAUACCCCAAGAUAUGUCUUUAGAAAUGAAAGCAUCCUGCCAUUUUCACUGUAUGAAGUUAAAGUGGGUGUUUAUAAUAACAAAGGUGAAGGACCAUUUAGCCCAGUGACAACAGUGUUCUCUGCAGAAGAAGAGCCUACAGUAGCUCCAUCUCAAGUUUGUGCAAAUAGCUUGUCUUCCUCAGAAAUUGAAGUUUCUUGGAACGCUGUUCCUUGGAAGUUGAGCAAUGGACACUUACUCGGCUAUGAGGUGCGGUAUUGGAAUAAUGGAGAAGAGGCAUCAUCGAGCAAACUGAAAGUGGCAGGAAAUGUGACAUCGGCCAGACUCCAUGGCUUGAAGAGCAACUUGGAAUAUUACACGGCUGUCCGGGCUUUCAACAGCGCUGGUACCGGUCCCUUUAGUGCCACGGUUAAUGCAACCACCAAGAAAACUCCUCCCAGUCAGCCACCAGGAAAUGUUGUUUGGAAUGCUACAGACACGAAAGUGUUACUUAAUUGGGAGCAAGUGAAAGCCAUGGAGAAUGAAUCAGAAGUAACAGGAUAUAAAGUUUUCUAUAGGACUAGCAGUCAAAAUAAUGUGCAAGUGCUAAACACAAACAAAACUUCAGCUGAACUUCUGCUGCCCAUUAAAGAGGACUACAUUAUUGAAGUUAAGGCCACAACGGAUGGCGGGGAUGGGACCAGUAGCGAACAGAUCAGGAUUCCAAGAAUAACCAAUAUGGAUGCAAGAGGUUGUACAUCAGCCAUCUCCAAUGCCCACCCUGUGUCAAGUUAUAUCUCUACAGUACUGUUCUUUAUUGUAAACACCCUGUGGUGAUAGUCACUUUUUUUUUUAUUAUUAUUUAUUGGAAAGUUCAUUGGUUACAAAAAAAAGUGCUUUCAUGAAAUGCAGUGAUUAUGCAUGUUUUUUUCCAACUCUGUAUUUUUAACUUUCUACAUAGGUAAAAUAUGAAUAUAAUAAAAAAGCAAACCCAGUAAAUCCUUUUAGGGGAAUCUGAAAUGCCUUAAUAUUUACUUGAUACACCAAAGGAAUUUACAUAUUACAUACAUCCAAUUUUUGAUAGAGACAUUCUUAUGAUUUUAAGCACUGCCUGUGGAUAAAGGCUCACAUGCUUCAAUGUAUACACACCCACAUGCAGA